CGGGAUAAAGGGAAUUGAGUUGACUCCAAACUUGCAUGUUUUUGCAGUUGGAACUUAGAAUGAGGUAGUGAGAACUGGGACUGAAAGUCUGAACUCUGAAAUCCAACGGCGUCCGCUCUUGUAGUAAAAGCUAUAGUUAUUAUUAUAUCUCUUCUUCGAAUUUCAAAUGCUUUCAAAGACCAGGAUUUUGGUGAACCCAUCGCCUUGCUAUUUUGCAUUACUUCAGAAACUUCACUAUCAUCAGCACUCACUAGCUUCCAACCCGGCGCCAAAUUAUGCGGAGCUUUUAAAUUCCUGCAUCGCUGGGAAGGCGAUUGAGCGAGGCAGGCAGCUACACGCUCGUCUGUGCCUUAUUGGGCUUGGCUACAACACCUUCUUGGCCACGAAACUAGUCAAUCUUUACUGUGUUUGUGACCAUGUAAGCGUUGCACACCAACUGUUUGAUAAAAUCUCCAAAGGUAAUCUCUUUCUCUGGAACGUUUUAAUUCGAGGGUACGCGUGGAGUGGUCCUUAUGAGGUUUCCAUAUCUUUAUAUUUCCAGCUGCUCAAGCACGGCCAUGUUCCCAAUAACUUUACAUUUCCUUUCGUGCUCAAGGCGUGCUCGGCCCUCUCUGGUAUUGAUGUCGGGAGGGACAUUCAUGGGCAAGUGGUGAGCACCGGGUGGGAAAGAGAUGUCUUUGUUAGUGCUGCCCUCAUUGACAUGUAUGCAAAAAGUGGUUGUGUUGAGAAUUCAAGAAAAGCAUUUGAUAAUGUUGUUCAGAGGGAUGUUGUCGUUUGGAACUCAAUGCUCGCUGCUUAUUCGCAGAAUGGGUGUCCGGAUGAGUGCCUAUCUUUAUGCAGUGAGAUGGCUUAUUCGGGCGUUGGGCCAACUGAUGCCACUUUAGUGACUUCCAUUUCAGCGGCUGCAGACAUAGCUGCACUUCAACAAGGGAGGGAGCUUCAUGGCUACAGCUUCAGACAGGGCUAUUGCUCUCAGGACAAGGUGAUGACUGCUCUCGUGGAUAUGUAUGCCAAGAGUGGUCAUGUGAAGCUUGCUAGGAUGUUAUUCGAAGCACUUUCAGAGAAAAGGGUUGUUUCUUGGAAUGCUAUGAUCACUGGAUAUGCAAUGCAUGGCCAUGCUAAUGCAGCGCUUCAUAUGUUUAAUUGGAUGAUCCGUGGAGCCCACCCAGACCACAUUACUUUUGUCGGAGUUUUAUCGGCUUGUAAGCAUGGAGGGAUGCUGGAUGAGGCGAAGAUGUAUUUUGAACAGAUGACUAGGAUUUACGGUGUUGAACCAUCUGUUCAGCAUUAUACUUGCAUGGUUGAUCUCCUUGGUCACCGCGGUCGGCUGGAUGAAGCUUAUGGACUUAUAACACAGAUGAAAGUCGUCCCAGAUUCUGGUGUGUGGGGCGCAUUGCUUAAUUCGUGCAAAAUUCAAGGAAAUGUGGAGUUAGCAGAACUUGCCUUGGAGAAGUUAAUCGAGCUGGAACCAAACGAUGCUGGAAAUUAUGUGAUAUUAUCAAACAUGUAUGCCCAAGCAGGCAGGUGGGAGGGAGUUGCUACACUAAGAAAACUAAUGACCGACAAAGGAUUAAAGAAAAGCACAGCUUGUAGCUGGAUUGAAGUUAAAAGUAAAGUACACGCUUUUCUUUCUGGAGAUACAUCUCAUCCAAUGUCUAAUGAAAUUUAUGAAGAACUAAAAAGUUUGGGAGCAAGGAUGGUGCAGGCUGGUUAUACUCCAAAUACUUCAGCUGUUUUUCAUGAUGUGGAUGACGAUGAAAAGACUAGAAUGCUUUCCUGCCACAGUGAAAGGCUAGCAAUUGUCUUUGGGAUUAUUAGUACACCACCGGGGAGCAAUCUCUUGAUCACUAAGAACCUACGGGUUUGUGAAGAUUGCCAUGUUGCAAUCAAAUUUAUAUCGAAAAUCACAGAUAGACAAAUUACUAUCAGAGAUGUGAACCGCUAUCAUCAUUUCAAAGAUGGCAUCUGUUCUUGCGGUGACUACUGGUAACCUGAGGAUCAGGAAAAUAAGAGUUUGAAAUUAAUUGCUCAAUGAGAAAUGCGGAGUGACCUCGAUGGAACCAUUUCUGAAAAAGUUCUUCCAUGAUGUGUAUACUAAGAUGAAGAAAAAUACUGAGGUCAGUAACUACUGCAAAUUUGACAGUCAACUCUUGACGGCUUUCUCAUCCUCACUGUAUGUAGCCGGUCUAUUUGCUUCCUUGUUAGCGUCAUUGGUAACCGGCGCAUUCGGACGAACACCAUCAAUCCUAAUCGGCGGAGUUGCUUUCCUAGCCGGCACAGCCCUCGGUGGCGCAGCCUUGAAUAUUUACAUGCUGAUUCUCGGCAGAGUUUUGCUUGGCAUAGGAGUUGGUUUUGCCAAUCAGGCAGUUCCAUUGUAUCUAUCAGAAAUGGCGCCAGCCAAGUACAGAGGAGGAAUCAACAAUGGCUUCCAGCUGAGUGUAGGCAUUGGGGUCUUAAUUGCAAGCCUAAUAAACUAUGGGACUGAAAAGAUCAGAGAAGGUUGGGGAUGGAGAAUCUCUCUAUCACUAGCUUCAGUUCCUGCAUUUUUCCUAACAUUAAGUGGUCUUUUCCUCCCAGAAACACCCAACAGUCUGAUUCAUCGAUUCCAUGAUAAUGAGAAAGCUAAGAAGAUGCUGGAGAGAAUAAGAGGCACAAAUGACGUCCAGGCAGAGUUGGAUGAUCUCAUUGCAGCUAGCGAGCUUUCAAAAACAGUAAAAAACCCCUUCAUCAACAUCACACAGAGAAGAUAUAGGCCUCAUUUAAUAAUGUCAAUCAUGAUUCCUUUCUUCCAACAAGUGACCGGUAUAAAUGUGAUAGCUUUCUAUGCUCCGGUCCUUUUUAGGAUAAUUGGCUUAGGUGAAAGUGCUUCACUCAUGUCAUCGGUUGUGAUUGGGGCAGUUGGAAUGGCCACAACUUUUGCUUCAAUGCUGAUUGUCGACAAACUUGGUAGAAGACGGCUUUUGAUCAUCGGGGGAAUAGGUUUGGGUUGUCAUGGGGGCCUUUGGGAUGGCUGAUUCCAAGUGAGAUCUUUCCACUGGAGAUCAGAUCAGCUGGACAAAGCAUCACGGUGGCUGUGAGCUUUCUGUUCACCUUCUUGGUUGGUCAAAACUUGUUGACAAUGCUUUGCCACUUCAAGUGUGGGAUUUUCUUCUUCUUUGGUGGGUGGGUUGCUGUUAUGACUGCCUUUGUGUUCUUCUUGUUGCCUGAGACAAAAAAUAUACCUAUUGAGAAAAUGGAUAGGGUUUGGAGAGGUCACUGGUUCUGGAAGAAAUUUGUUGAAGAGGUUCUGUAGUACUAAAUUACUAAUACUCUGGAGAAUGGUAUAUAUGAGAAUCUAUGCCUUUUAGCUGUUCUUGUUUGCUCUUUGCCUCUUUAUUUUACUAGUAUAAAUGUCAAAGAAAAAUAUAUGCGUCUAUUGUAAUUUAUAGAUUUAUAUUAUACCGUUCCUAAGAUCGCUUUGAAACCUUUGUUUUGUUUUCAUUUAGUGGUCGUUUUACCCUUUCAAGGCUUCACUUAUUACUUUGAUUCCAG